AGAUGAUGGUUUCACCGUCGUCGCACCUGUUGCCGUCUGCAACUAUAAACAUCCGGUGUCACGCCGCGGAGUUUCUUUUCCACCGGUCACAGCCAACAUGGGACGGGUCAGGACCAAAACAGUGAAGAAGGCCGCCAGGGUCAUCAUUGAGAAGUACUACACGCGACUGGGCAACGACUUCCACACCAACAAGAGGGUGUGUGAGGAGAUCGCCAUCAUGCCCAGCAAGCCUCUGCGCAACAAAGUUGCAGGGUAUGUGACACACCUGAUGAAGCGCAUCCAGCGCGGCCCCGUCAGAGGAAUCUCCAUCAAGCUGCAGGAGGAGGAGAGGGAGAGGAGGGACAACUACGUCCCCGAGAUUUCAGCCCUGGAGCAGGAGAUGAUCGAGGUGGAUCCAGAUACAAAAGAAAUGCUCAAGAUGCUGGAUUUCAGUGGCCUCUCCAAGCUUCAGGUCACUCAGCCGCCCGUGGGAAUGAACUUCAAGACACCACGAGGAUUGUAAAACCAUGUCAGCUAAAUAAAAGACUUAAAAUGCUUA